AGGUUUGCAGCACAUUCUGUUUUUCUCGAGAGCUGGCUGCAAAACUUUGAGUCGGCUUUGCAACUCCGACUUUAAAUACAUUAAAUAAUCUUCAAAUGACUCGACCGUUGUGGAUUAAAUGCACCCUCACAAGCCGGCUGCAGCUUCUAGAGCCGGCUCUCUGCACUUCCAUUUCACCAGAGCUGGCUUCAGCUUUCAAGAGCCGGCUCUGUGCACAUUUUGAAUCAUUUUGGUCUAUUUUUAGUGUAAUCCAAGUUUACUUGCAAUCUUUUAACAACUUAACUACACACUUAAAUAAACCAAUUAAUCACUCAAAUGUGUUUUGUAAUCAUCAAAAUCAUAGGUACAACAAUCUCCCCCUUUUUGAUGAUGACAAAACACUUUGAGAAUUAAUUAAUGAAAACACAUAAAUACUUCAAUAUUAACCAGAAUUUCAGCACAAGGUACUCUAGAAAAUGACAUUAAAUUCAGCAUAUUCUC